AUGGAAAAAUACAUUGCAACCUUUGGAGACCUCUUCGUUUUGCGGUUCUCCGGUAUAGCUAUUUGUCGUCCCGAGACAGUAGAGCCAGGACUACCGUCUUGGGUCCCCGAUUUGCAGGCAAUCUCCUUAGAGCAUAGCUGGCAACCUUUCCCGACCCAAGACUCCUCUUCUGGUUAUGGCCUGGGCCCUUUGCGUUCUUCCCAAGCGCGAGUCUUAGAUCAGCGCUACUUACGUGUCAACGCAUGCAUAUGCGACACAAUUUCAGAUGCCGGACCGAUUUUCGACACAGACUCACUCAAUUUUGAGCGUCUCUACCGAAGCUUCCUAGAGAGGAAGAGUGAUAUCGAAACGCGUACCAGAACCCCGUACAUGCAGGCCAUCCUGUGCGCCAUAUUGUCAUAUUCUAUCCUUUGGAUCGGAAAAUCCAGUGAUGCAUCGAGUCUCGCUGCCUACCAGCGGCUGGUAUUGGCGACAUUGUACUUUCUCGAGGGGCUUGUUUCGAACGCGCCAGUCUUGGACAUACUCCACUCCACCGUCGAAGCCUUGGACAUCGCGUUCGAGAACCACGUCCCGUCCUUGCUCCAAACGGUAUUCCCCCAUGACAUGAUUUAUGACUGCUGGAAGUCCGAAAAGUGGGUAGCAACUAGUAUUAUUGGUCAAGCGCGUUUACUGAGACCCCAUCUGACGAGGUCUUUAAAAGAACGACACCAUCUCUUCACCACAUCCACUGGUUACAUAGGGUCGAGUCUCUACGGUGUGAAGGCUGGAGAUGUAAUUGGUGUGAUCCAAGGUUGUCCAUUUCCGGUCCUGCUUAGGGUGGAAGGAACACGGUAUAUUCACCUAGAGACUUGCAACGUCCUAGGUCUCUGAAUGGCGAGGCUGCUAACAGAGUCAGUGACGGGUCUCUAGAGAUGGUGGAAGUAGAUCUUAUGUAAGCUAUCAGGUUGACACUCAUACUGCAAGAUCGAGAAGGAUAGACGGCACUGUACGCAUUAGACGAUUCUCCG